AUGUCACGUGACAUAUGCAAGGACAGGAAGCUAUGUGCGGGACAUUGGCAAGCGCAUGACGAGCUUGUUGGCGAGGUUGGGCGGUGUAGAGGAGGUGGGGGUUGAGUCGGGCAACUCGACUUUGACCGACAAGGCAGAGAGAGCCAUCAUCGUCAGUUCGUGGGUCAAGUCAUUUGGUGACUCGACAAGAUCAAGAAACACCCUCGCCUGUUCUUCCUUUAUCUUCUCGUCUCCGAUGGCCUACCUCACCCCGUUUGGUGCAAGGGCGAUGGCUACUUUGCGCGCUGCUGCGCGAGCUGGGGAUGACGAUGAGGGUGUGGCCAUGGCCUUUGGCGACGGCAUCGAUGAUGAGGAGGAGGAGGAGGAAGAUGUCGUUAUUGCUCGACAGGGGCAUUCUCUUGGACAGAGCGGAGACGGGCUGGACGGACUGGAUGGCUUUGCCGUCGAUGCAGGGAGGCAUGGCUCGCGGCUGGACGUCGCCCAUCACUCCUCGGUCCUCCCGCGUCUGAACUCGAUCGACGAGGCCAACGAGUGGAUCCACUCGCUGGCAAGCUCGUCGCGCAUUGCUGCCUGGCGCCGUGGCGAGCUGCUCGACGCUAUGUAUGAAGACAUGCUGCUCGAUGGCAUCCUGCCCAACGAGGAGACCUACCACACUCUCAUGUCGCUCUCGAUGAAGCAGGAACGGCUCGAUCGCGUCCAGUUCUACUUUGACGCCAUGCGGACGGCCGGCUAUGCCCACAACGUUGUCGUCCACAACGUGCUUCUCACUGCGCUCGCCACCGCUGGCCGCGCUGACGACGCCUUUGCCCAUGCCCAACGCAUGCGCGCCACCGGCAUCGAACCCAACCGCCGCUCGUACGCCAUCCUCCUCGUCGCCUGCGGCAUCGCCGCCCAGCUUGACCGCGCCGUUGCCCUCUUUGACUCGCUCAUCGACGCCGGCGUCGAGCCGCACCACCACCUCUACGCUGCGCUCAUCAACGCGAGCAAGUCGUGCGGCGACCUUGACCGCGCCGUCGCUCUACUCCGCGAGGCCCAGUCGGCGCCUGGCGUCACCGACCCGCUCAUCGUCCACAAUGCCGCCAUCUCAGCCGCCGUUGAGCUCGGCGCCCUCGACACUGCCUUUGACCUCUACGCCGACCUCGAGCGCGACGGCCUCGCCCCCAAUUCUGCCACCUACCUCUUCCUCCUCAAGGGUGCGUGUUUGCACAAGGACGUCCCUCGCCUCACAGCGCUCUACGCUGCCAUGUGUGCUGCAGGGUCACCUCCAUCACGCAACGGCUACGACUAUCUGCUGCGCGGCCUCGCCGAGCCGACCGCCCCGGCCGGUGCCCUCCUCGACGCCCUACGUGACAUGGUCGGCUCGGGCUCGGCGCCCAUGCUCAAGACCCUCAUGGCCCUCUUCCACAAGAUUGGAUCGAGCCCGCGCGCCCGCCACGAUGACAUGCUCCGCUUUGGCGGGCAGUCGUCGACGCCGACCUUCGCCUCUCACAACUACGCCAAGCGCCACAAGCUCCGCGAGCUCAAGGACGGCGUCGCCGCCCGCGCCGCACGGGUUAACGCCGCCCAGCUGAAGCACUAA